GCAAUUGCAUAAGCGUGUACCGUCGCGGUGACUAUCCUGCUCGCGUUACGUCGAUUGUAGAAUGUUUUGAAAGCUCCGUGGACUUACGACAUACAGCGCAACCGUGCUCGUGCAUUAUCCUUGCAACGCAAACGUACGGACGUGCUAGCUGCCGAUCGUAGUCUGGCAUCGAUAGUCGACGAAAACGGAGUAUCCCUUCUUAUAGUCCCGACGCGGAGUCAUUUAUAAUCAUGAGUCUGGUGCGACAAAACUUUCACGAGGAAUGCGAGGACGCGCUCAACAAGCAAAUCAAUCUGGAAUUGUACGCCAGUUACGUCUACUUGUCUAUGGCAUACUACUUUGACAGAAGCGACGUCGCGUUAUCAGGUCUCUACAAGUAUUUCAUGAAAGCUUCAGACGAAGAACGUGGUCACGCAAUGAAGCUGUUGACUUAUCAGAACAAGAGAGGUGGUGAUAUUGUGCUGACAGACAUCCAGGCACCAACGAGAAGGAACUGGAACAAUGCGAAGGAUGCUAUGACAGAAGCUCUGCAGCUUGAGAAGAAAGUGAAUCAGAACCUACUCGAGUUACAUGGAAUCGCUUCAACGCACAACGAUGCAAAUUUCAUGGAUUAUCUGGAAAAUGAAUUUUUACAAGAGCAAGUGGACGCAAUAAAAGAAAUCGCUGAUCAUGUAACGAAUUUGGAGAGAGUCGGGGAAGGUCUGGGCGUUUUUAUUUUUGACAAGGAGUUGAACGAGUUGAACGAUUGAGACUGAAUAAUCGCGUAUAAAGUCUGCCAAAAUUAACUAGAAUUUUAGACAAAUAUACUGCAAAGAAGCUGUGUUAUUCAUGUCACAUUAAAAAACGUAUAUAAUAAAUAAAUAAAUAAAUAAUGAAGAAAUAUUAUAGAUGUUAGGCGUAUUGUUGCUCGUCUUAGCGUUCCGAUUUUUGAAAAAACACACAGCUAAUGUGAUUUUAUUCAGAUAAAAUUCUUGAUACUCGUGUCAAUUGACUUUAUUAGAUAAUUAAUAAUGUAGCAGCUAAUUUUUUAAAAUAUGUCAUAUUUCUAGACUCUACGAAUUGUAACUGCACAUUAUUGUAAAUCAAACAAUAAUAAUUGAAAAUAUCAUUACGGUUACACAAUGUGAUAUUUUCCUACAUCUAAUCCUUAUAAAAUAUCCACUGUAUGUUAUAAUUAUUGUACAGAAUAUUCUAAGAAAUAUUACUUACUGUUCAAAAUUAGGCGAAGAGCAUUAGGAGAGAUAAGCACGUUUAUAAUUGCCGCGCUCGGUGAGCCGACGCUACUGGCGUCCAAUCGCAGGCAAUCGCUUAGCGGUCAGCGGAAAAUGGCUCGCAAUAACAAGUUUGUCGCACAAACCGGAAAUUAUCGCUGGAAAUUCGUUAACUUCUCUCAAACUUCUGGAUCUUUCUAAAAGAGCAAGCUAAAAUAAAAGCAGCGCCUAGAAGAAGCGAGCCGCACUUUACAGAAAGUCUUGGACGCGAUCACAUUACAGCUACCAUUAGAAUUCUUAAUUAACGCGGCGAUUUUGUAUUAAAAAAGUUGUGUGCUCGCUUGUAUGUUUCGCCUCUCCGUAGUUCACGGAAUGCAAAUUCUCGUCGCAGCCUUCGCGAUCCGCUGCUCGCGGAAAAGUGCAGUUGCGGUUCGAGAAAUCGAACGCUCGCCGUUCGACAAUCCGUUGCUCGCAGAGUCAAAAACUCUGGAAAUGUUGUAAGUAGCUGUGAAUAACUGUACAUGUUUCGUGAUCGUGUUUAUUAAAGAUUGUGCCGUU